AUGAAUUCAGACCUGUUGCUGAAGUCAGUCUCGUUGGGUCUGCCUCUUGGAUUCCACACCACUAACUUUCUCGGCCCCUGUUACCCAAUGCAGGAAGAUGAAGUGGUACUCCAGUGCAUCGCAAAUAUUCAUAAGGAGCAAAGGAAGUUCUGCCUGGCAGCUGAGGGACUUGGGAAUCGCCUCUGUUUCUUGGAGCCCACUUCAGAAGCCAAGUAUGUUCCUCCAGAUCUCUGCGUCUGCAGUUUUGUGCUGGAACAGUCCCUCUCUGUCAGAGCCCUGCAGGAAAUGCUUGCCAACACGGAUGAAAAUGGCGGCGAAGGGGCAGCACAAGGGGGCGGUCACAGGACCCUGCUAUAUGGCCACGCCAUUCUCUUGAGGCAUUCUUUCAGCGGAAUGUACCUAACAUGUUUGACUACAUCAAGAUCCCAGACAGAUAAACUUGCCUUCGAUGUAGGUCUUCAAGAACAUGCCACAGGAGAAGCCUGUUGGUGGACUAUACAUCCUGCUUCCAAACAGAGGUCCGAGGGAGAGAAAGUUCGAAUUGGUGAUGACCUCAUCCUCGUCAGUGUAUCCUCUGAAAGAUACCUUCAUCUUUCGAUAUCAAAUGGUAACAUACAAGUGGAUGCCUCCUUUAUGCAAACACUCUGGAAUGUACAUCCGACGUGCUCAGGAAGUAGCAUCGAAGAAGGAUACCUUCUUGGGGGGCACGUAGUACGCCUUUUCCAUGGUCAUGAUGAGUGUCUGACGGUCCCAUCUACCGACCAGAAUGAUUCCCAGCACAGGAGGAUACUCUAUGAAGCUGGAGGAGCUGGGACUCGAGCCAGGUCUCUGUGGAGAGUGGAACCUCUUCGGAUAAGCUGGAGUGGCAGUCACAUCAGAUGGGGCCAGGCUUUCCGACUUCGUCAUCUCACCACAGGCCACUACCUGGCCUUGACAGAAGACCAGGGCCUUAUACUGCAAGACCGAGGGAAGUCAGACACCAAGUCCACAGCCUUCUGUUUCCGGGCAUCAAAGGAAAUCAAGGAGAAAUUGGAUUCCAGUCACAAAAGAGACAUAGAAGGCAUGGGAGUUCCAGAAAUCAAGUAUGGAGAUUCCGUCUGCUUUGUCCAGCACAUAGCCAGUGGUCUAUGGGUAACUUACAAAGCACAGGAUGCCAAAACAUCCCGCCUGGGACCUCUGAAGAGAAAGGUCAUACUCCAUCAGGAAGGUCACAUGGAUGAUGGAUUGACGCUGCAGCGAUGCCAGCGGGAGGAGUCCCAGGCUGCUCGGAUCAUCCGGAACACAACAGCCUUAUUCAGCCAAUUUAUCAGUGGGAAUAACCGCACGGCUGCCCCCAUCACGCUGCCCAUAGAAGAGGUCCUGCAGACCCUACAGGACCUGAUUGCCUACUUCCAACCACCAGAGGAGGAGAUGAGGCAUGAGGACAAACAGAACAAGCUCCGCUCGCUCAAAAAUAGACAGAACCUUUUCAAGGAGGAGGGAAUGUUGGCCCUUGUGUUAAAUUGCAUUGAUCGGUUAAACAUCUACAACAGUGUAGCACAUUUUGCAGGGAUCGCAAGAGAAGAGAGUGGUAUGGCCUGGAAAGAAAUUCUGAACCUGCUGUACAAAUUGCUGGCGGCUCUAAUUCGUGGAAACAGAAACAACUGCGCUCAAUUUUCCAAUAACCUUGAUUGGCUAAUCAGUAAAUUGGACAGACUAGAAUCUUCCUCAGGUAUCCUGGAAGUUUUGCACUGUAUCUUGAUUGAAAGCCCAGAAGCCUUAAAUCUCAUAGCAGAAGGCCACAUCAAGUCCAUCAUCUCCCUGUUGGAUAAACAUGGGCGGAAUCACAAGGUUCUGGAUGUUCUGUGCUCCCUCUGUCUCUGUAAUGGGGUCGCAGUGAGAGCCAACCAAAAUCUGAUCUGUGACAAUUUGCUGCCCCGGAGAAACCUACUUCUGCAGACCCGACUGAUUAACGAUGUGACGAGUAUCCGGCCAAACAUCUUCCUGGGAGUCGCUGAGGGUUCGGCCCAGUACAAGAAGUGGUACUUUGAGCUGAUUAUCGACCAUGUGGACCCCUUCCUCACAGCAGAGCCCACACAUCUGCGGGUGGGCUGGGCCUCUUCCUCAGGCUAUGCCCCAUACCCAGGAGGUGGAGAAGGCUGGGGAGGCAAUGGUGUUGGCGAUGACCUGUACUCCUAUGGCUUUGAUGGACUUCACCUUUGGUCGGGCCGGAUACCCAGAGCUGUGGCAUCCAUCAACCAGCACCUCUUGAGGUCGGACGAUGUGGUAAGCUGCUGCCUCGACCUGGGAGUGCCCAGCAUCUCUUUCCGCAUCAACGGGCAGCCUGUCCAGGGGAUGUUUGAGAACUUCAACACCGAUGGGCUCUUCUUCCCUGUGAUGAGCUUCUCAGCUGGUGUCAAAGUACGUUUCUUGAUGGGUGGACGUCAUGGAGAAUUUAAGUUCCUGCCUCCCUCUGGCUAUGCACCUUGCUACGAAGCCUUACUACCAAAAGAGAAGAUGAGAUUGGAGCCUGUCAAAGAAUAUAAACGUGAUACUGAAGGCGUGAGAGAUUUGUUGGGUACCACCCAGUUCCUUUCCCAGGCCUCUUUCAUUCCAUGCCCCAUAGACACCAGUCAGGUGGUUUUGCCGCUUCACCUAGAGAAGAUCCGAGACAGACUGGCUGAAAACAUCCAUGAGCUUUGGGGAAUGAAUAAAAUAGAACUUGGUUGGACUUAUGGCAAGAUACGGGAUGACAAUAAGAGACAACACCCCUGCCUGGUAGAGUUUUCAAAGCUCCCCGAAACUGAAAAGAAUUAUAACCUGCAGAUGUCAACUGAAACCUUAAAAACCCUCCUGGCUCUCGGAUGCCACAUUGCUCAUGUUAAUCCAGCUGCUGAGGAGGACCUCAAGAAAGUUAAACUGCCCAAAAACUACAUGAUGUCCAAUGGCUAUAAGCCAGCCCCUUUGGAUUUGUCUGAUGUGAAGCUCUUACCUCCUCAAGAAAUUUUAGUGGAUAAACUUGCAGAAAAUGCACACAAUGUUUGGGCAAAAGACAGAAUAAAACAAGGAUGGACCUAUGGCAUUCAACAGGACUUAAAGAACAAAAGAAAUCCCCGUCUUGUGCCAUAUGCAUUACUGGACGAGCGUACCAAGAAGUCAAACAGGGACAGUCUGCGUGAAGCCGUUCGGACAUUUGUUGGUUAUGGGUAUAACAUUGAGCCAUCAGAUCAAGAACUAGCUGACCCAGCUGUGGAGAAAGUCAGCAUAGACAAGAUCCGAUUUUUUCGGGUAGAGCGGUCUUAUGCAGUGAGAACUGGAAAGUGGUACUUUGAGUUUGAGGUGGUGACCGGAGGAGACAUGCGGGUCGGCUGGGCCAGGCCAGGCUGUCGGCCUGACAUUGAGCUGGGGGCUGAUGACCAAGCCUUUGUGUUUGAAGGCAGCAGGGGCCAGCGUUGGCAUCAAGGGAGUGGGUAUUUUGGACGUACCUGGCAGCCAGGAGAUGUGGUUGGAUGUAUGAUUAACCUGGAUGAUGCUUCAAUGAUCUUCACACUGAAUGGGGAGCUCCUGAUCACCAACAAAGGCUCUGAACUUGCUUUUGCUGACUACGAGAUUGAGAACGGCUUUGUGCCCAUCUGCGCUCUGGGGCUGUCUCAGAUCGGCCGCAUGAAUCUCGGGACAGACGCCAGUACCUUCAAGUUUUAUACCAUGUGUGGCCUCCAAGAAGGCUUUGAGCCUUUUGCUGUCAACAUGAACCGAGAUGUUGCAAUGUGGUUCAGCAAGCGCCUCCCGACAUUCGUCAAUGUGCCAAAGGAUCAUCCACACAUAGAGGUCAUAAGAAUUGAUGGCACCAUGGACAGCCCUCCUUGCCUCAAGGUGACCCACAAGACAUUUGGCACACAGAACAGCAAUGCCAGCAUGAUCUACUGCCGUCUGAGCAUGCCCGUCGAGUGCCACUCGUCCUUCAGCCACAGCCCCUGUCUGGACAGUGAGGCUUUCCAGAAAAGGAAACAGAUGCAAGAAAUUCUCUCGCAUACAACAACACAAUGCUACUACGCCAUCCGCAUCUUUGCUGGGCAGGACCCCUCCUGUGUCUGGGUCGGGUGGGUGACCCCAGACUAUCACUUGUACAGUGAGAAGUUUGACCUGAAUAGAAACUGUACAGUGACUGUCACCCUGGGCGAUGAAAGAGGCCGGGUCCAUGAAAGUGUGAAACGUAGCAACUGCUACAUGAUCUGGGGUGGCGACAUCGUAGCCAGUUCCCAAAGAUCAAGUCGAAGCAACGUGGACCUGGAGAUUGGCUGUUUAUUGGACCUGGCAAUGGGCAUGUUGUCCUUCUCAGCCAAUGGGAAAGAACUUGGCACCUGCUACCAGGUGGAGCCCAAUACCAAAGUGUUCCCAGCAGUCUUCCUGCAGCCUACAAGCACUUCUUUGUUUCAGUUUGAACUCGGGAAGCUGAAGAAUGCAAUGCCCCUAUCUGCGGCCAUAUUUAAGAGUGAAGAGAAGAACCCAGUCCCACAGUGUCCUCCUCGGCUGGACGUCCAAACCAUCCAGCCUGUGCUCUGGAGCCGCAUGCCCAACAGCUUCCUGAAAGUGGAGACAGAGCGGGUGAGCGAGCGCCACGGCUGGGUGGUGCAGUGCCUGGAGCCCCUGCAGAUGAUGGCGCUCCACAUCCCCGAGGAGAACAGGUGUGUGGAUAUCCUAGAGCUCUGUGAGCAGGAGGACCUGAUGCAGUUCCACUACCACACACUGAGACUUUAUGGUGCUGUGUGUGCCCUGGGGAAUAGCCGAGUAGCCUAUGCCCUGUGCAGCCAUGUGGACCUCUCUCAGCUCUUCCACGCCAUCGACAACAAGUAUCUCCCUGGCCUCCUUCGAUCUGGUUUCUAUGAUCUUCUCAUCAGCAUCCACCUUGCCAACGCAAAGGAGAGAAAGCUGAUGAUGAAGAAUGAGUACAUCAUCCCCAUUACCAGCAGCACCAGGAAUAUCCGCCUAUACCCAGAUGAGUCCAAGAGGCAUGGGCUGCCUGGGGUGGGCCUGAGAACAUGCCUCAAGCCAGGGUUCAGGUUCUCCACCCCUUGCUUUGUUGUGACCAGUGAGGAGCACCAGAAGCAGAGCCCUGAGAUCCCCUUGGAUAGUCUCAAGACAAAGGCACUGAGCAUGCUCACAGAGGCAGUGAAGUGCAGUGGAGCACACAUCCGGGACCCUGUUGGGGGGUCUGUGGAGUUCCAGUUUGUGCCUGUGCUGAAACUCAUUGGAACCUUACUGGUCAUGGGAGUGUUUGACGAUGACGAUGUUCGGCAGAUCCUCCUCUUGAUUGAUCCCUCUGUGUUUGGAGAGCAUGGUGGGGAGACAGAGGAGGGAGCAGAAAAGGAGGAAGUGACCCAGGUGGAGGAGAAGGCAGUGGAGGCUGGAGAAGAGGCCAGCAAGGCAGCCCGCAAGGAGUCUCCAGUCAAAGGCUUGUUGCAGACUCGAUUACCUGAAUCUGUCAAGCUGCAGAUGUGUGAGCUCCUUAGCUAUCUCUGUGACUGUGAGCUACAGCACCGAGUGGAGGCCAUUGUGGCAUUUGGGGACAUCUAUGUCUCCAAGCUACAGGCAAAUCAGAAGUUCCGCUACAAUGAACUCAUGCAGGCCUUGAACAUGUCUGCAGCCCUGACUGCCCGGAAGACCAGGGAGUUCCGCUCACCCCCACAGGAGCAGAUCAACAUGCUUCUUAACUUUCAACUGGGAGAGAACUGCCCCUGCCCAGAGGAGAUCCGAGAGGAACUAUAUGACUUCCACGAGGACCUUCUUGUUCACUGUGGAGUUCCCUUGGAGGAAGAGGAGGAGGAGGAGGAAGACACUUCCUGGACAGGAAAGCUCCGCACCCUGGUGUAUAAAAUCAAAGGUCCGCCCAAGGCAGAGAAGGAGCAGCCGACAGAGGAGGAAGAGAGAGGCCCUGCAACACUGAAGGAGCUCAUCUCACAGACGAUGAUCCGCUGGGCCCAGGAAGACCAGAUCCAGGACGCAGAGCUGGUGCGGAUGAUGUUCAACCUCCUCCGGAGGCAGUACGACAGCAUCGGAGAGCUGCUGCAGGCUCUGCGGAAGACCUACACCAUCAGCCAGGCCUCCGUGGGUGACACCAUCAACCUGCUGGCUGCCCUGGGCCAGAUUCGCUCCCUCCUCAGCGUCAGGAUGGGCAAGGAAGAGGAGCUGCUCAUGAUCAACGGGCUGGGGGACAUAAUGAACAAUAAGGUGUUUUACCAGCAUCCCAACCUCAUGAGAGUCCUUGGCAUGCAUGAGACAGUGAUGGAGGUGAUGGUGAAUGUGCUGGGCACGGAGAAAUCUCAGAUUGCUUUUCCAAAGAUGGUUGCUAGCUGCUGCCGCUUCCUUUGCUAUUUCUGUAGAAUUAGCCGGCAAAAUCAGAAGGCCAUGUUUGAGCAUCUGAGCUAUCUGCUGGAGAACAGCAGUGUUGGCCUAGCCUCCCCGUCCAUGAGGGGAUCCACCCCACUGGAUGUGGCAGCUUCCUCCGUGAUGGACAACAACGAGUUAGCACUGGGCUUAGAAGAACCAGAUCUUGAGAAGGUGGUGACCUACUUGGCAGGCUGUGGCCUACAGAGCUGCCCCAUGCUUCUCACCAAAGGAUACCCUGAUGUUGGCUGGAACCCUAUUGAGGGGGAGCGCUACCUGUCCUUCCUUAGGUUUGCCGUCUUCGUGAACAGUGAAAGUGUGGAAGAAAAUGCGAGUGUCGUGGUCAAGCUGCUCAUCAGACGCCCAGAGUGCUUUGGCCCAGCCCUGCGGGGUGAAGGAGGAAAUGGUCUGUUGGCUGCCAUGCAAGGUGCUAUUAAGAUCUCCGAGAAUCCAGCUCUCGACCUGCCUUCUCAGGGAUACAAGAGGGAAGUCAGCAUGGAGGGUGGUGAAGAAGAAGAGGAGAUCGUCCAUAUGGGCAACGCAAUUAUGUCGUUUUACUCAGCACUUAUAGAUCUACUGGGCCGCUGCGCUCCUGAAAUGCACCUUAUCCAGACAGGAAAGGGGGAAGCCAUCCGGAUCAGAUCCAUCCUGCGCUCCCUGGUCCCUACAGAGGACUUGGUUGGGAUCAUCAGCAUCCCCCUGAAACUGCCGUCCCUCAACAAAGAUGGGUCAGUCAGCGAGCCAGAUAUGGCAGCCAACUUCUGCCCUGACCACAAGGCACCCAUGGUGCUGUUCUUGGACCGAGUUUAUGGCAUUAAGGAUCAAACUUUUUUGCUCCACUUACUGGAGGUUGGAUUUUUACCUGACUUAAGAGCCUCUGCCUCUCUAGAUACAGUCUCCCUAAGCACCACAGAGGCUGCGCUUGCACUAAAUAGGUAUAUAUGUUCUGCCGUGCUCCCACUCCUUACAAGGUGCGCCCCUCUCUUCGCUGGGACAGAGCACUACACCUCUCUCAUCGAUUCCACGCUGCAGACCAUAUACAGACUUUCCAAAGGGCGCUCCCUCACCAAAGCACAGAGAGACACCAUAGAAGAAUGCUUGCUUGCCAUCUGCAA